UGCUAAAUUUAAUUAAUAAUGUUCUGUUUAUGAAUAAAUAAUGAACUGUUGUUGACUGAUUCUCGAAUAGAUAUUUUAAAAUGUCGGAACCAACAACAUUGUGUUUAGUUUGUGAAAUCGUGCGAUUAAAAGAAAACGAUUGCUUAAAUUUCGAAAAACGUUUAGAGUGUAAAAACACUGGUCGGCCUUUGCCGGAAUUAACGUUAAAACAAGUGACCCAAGAUAAAAACAAGAGUGUAAAUCGGUAUUUUAAAAAAACAAUGUACGAUUUAUGUGACUUUAUAUGUGGCUGUAAAGACAGGAACAUGUUUUUUUGUUUUCCUUGUUUGUUGUUUUCAUCUACAAACGAUGUGUGGUGUAAAACAGGGGUGACUGAUUUAAAACAUUUAAAGGAGAAGAUCAAGAAGCACUCUUUGUCAGCCGAUCACAUUAAGUGUAUGGUCAGUUUUUCAGCACUUGGCAGAGUAGAUAUACGAUUGCAACUUGAUAGCACUUACCGAAAAUCUGUGCAGAAAUUUAAUGAAAACGUCACCCAAAAUCGAUAUAUUUUAAAUAAAAUUUUAAACUGUAUAAAAUUUUGCGGAGCUUUCGAGCUUGCUCUAAGGGGUCACGAUGAAUGUGAAAUUUCAGAAAAUCCCGGUGUUUUUCGGGGGCUAAUUAAUUUUGUGGCUGAAUUAGAUUUCAUUUUUAAAGACCAUCUAGAACAUAGUAAAUCUUUUAAAGAAGUGUCAAAAACUAUUGAAAACGACUUACUAGAUUCUAUUUUAUUUGUUGCACAAGACCAUAUUAAAAACGAAGUGAAAGAAGCUCCUUUUUUAUGCAUUCAAGUAGAUGAAACCACCGACAGUUCAAAUAACACUCAAAUGGUUUUAAUAAUUCGUUAUAUUCUAGAAGGAACAAUUUGUGAAAGAUUUUGGAAUUUUAUAAAACCGGAGGGCAAGACGGCAAAUGAUUUGGCAAAAGCAAUUUUUCAUGAAUUGGACAUUUUAGGGAUUGGUUCAGAAAAACUUAUUGCUCAAUGUUAUGAUGGCGCUUCAGUAAUGAGUGGAAACUUCGGUGGCGUUCAAAUUAAAAUUAAAGAGAAAUAUCCCAACGCUCAUUAUGUGCAUUGUUAUGCUCAUCACCUUAAUUUGAUACUGCAAAAAGCUGCUAGCAAAGAAAAAUGCAUAAGGUCCCCCAAAAGAACAGAAGUUUUAGAUGAAAUACUACAAAAACGAUUUCCUAGAGCGGCUCCGACACGAUGGUAUUUUAAUACAAGGUGUGUAGAAACUGUUUUUGAAAAUAAAGAAAAUAUUAAAAUUUGCUUGGAAAGAAUUAUUGAGUUAGAGGACGAUUCGGUCACUUUACAACAAGCUACAGGAUUGUUAAACCAUUUAGAAAACAGUGAUUUUGUGUAUUGGUUAAAUAUUUUUCAUUUAAUUUUACCUCACUCUGAGAUAUUUAACAAUUUACAAAAAAAAAGAAAAUUAGUUGCUACAGAAGUACAAAGAAUGACAUCACAUUUUCAGCAGACGAUUCAAAGGAUUCGGGAAACUAUUUUAAACGAUAAAAAGAUCCCUGAACAACAGAAAAAUAAUAAACGACAAAGAGGCGACCUUGAAUCAAAAAAGCGAAUAGCUCUAGAGAUAUGCGAUAUAAUUAUUGUAGAGAUUGAAAAUCGCUUUAAAUUUUCUGACCACCUUGUUUUAGAACAGUUAAUCCGGAAAGAAAACUAUGCUAAUUUUAAACAACAGUUUCCAGAGGAUAUUUUAGAGUUAAUUAAAGUAAAUUAUCCUAUUAUAGAUUCUGCUAAAUUAAAAACGGAAUUAAAUGUAAUUUUUGAUAGAGAAGACUUUCGUGACAACGAUGGAGCUACAGAACUGUUAAAGCUUUUUUUCAACAUUAAUUUAAGUACUACAUUUUCCGAAACAAUUAAGCUUCUGAACAUUUUAUGUACGAUACCCAUGACAACUGUUGAAAGUGCGCGCAGUUUUUCAACGUUAAAACGAAUAAAAAGUUUAAUAAGAAAUACUAUAGGACAGGACAGGUUGUGCGCUUUGACAAUGUUAAGUGUGGAGAAGUCUAUGAUAAAAAACAUUGGUAAUUUUAACGAACUGGUGAUAGAUCAUUUCGCGAUCUCCAAAGAACGCCGCAUUGACUUAAAAUAUAGAAAAAUGUGAAAUAAAACUUUUUAGAAAUGUGUAUGUGUAUAUAUGUAGUUAUAUUUUUUUGGCAUUAUUAUUUAAGUGUCUUUUAAACCCUAACGUGGAACAUUUGUGUAAAGAACAGUGACUGGAUUUUUAGUGAAAUGGCACUAGACCGCCUCUUUGAAAAGUG